GGGGUAUUUUAUGCCAGCACACUAUACUUAAACGCCUAAAACACGUCGCCUGUGCCAGCAUAAAGUCUGAUUGUGGAGGGGGCGUGGUGCAUCAGCUGCAGGAGGGAGGUGUGGAGAGGGCUCAAGAGAGCAGCGCCAGGUGAGAGUGAUUGACACACCUGACUCUGGUUAGUUAAUCACUCUCUCCUUUUUAACACAGUAGCGUGCUGGACCUGGGAGGAACGUCUGGCAACACAGAGACUGGAGCACACACUCAGCCAAGAAGCAGACGGAGCAUGGCAGCAUAAAGCCCGACGAGGUGCCUGCGAGCGGCUCUGUGUUAUUGUUUAAGUGUGUGUUUAAAUAAAAAUACAAAGAUCAUCUCCGCUCUCUGUCAUCACUGCUAAAGAACCCACGGUGGCAUCAGAGUACGCCACACUGGCGCCCAAUGUAAUUUAGCAGUGAACAAGAAAGAAGGAUGUCAGAGCCACAGCAACCAGUGACCACGCUGGCACAGAUGUUGGCGGAGGUUGCUGCAAUGAGCCGGGACCAGGCUGCGCUGAACAGACAGCAGCUGACGACACUCCAGUUCCAGGCAGAGAGACAGGUCGAGCUGCUGGAGGUGAUGGUGAGGCGGGCAGGGACAGCGUCAUCAGCCCCCUCGCUCGCCGGGAUCACGCUCCAUAAGAUGGCAGCUCAUGACGAUCCACAGACUUUUUUGGAAAUGUUUGAGGCAACUGCGACGGUGUGCAACUGGCCAGAGGAGGAGUGGGCGGUGCAGCUGCUUCCCCUACUGUCAGGGGACGCACAAACGGCGGCACUCGGCCUGCCUGGACCCUCCCGGGGCCAAUACGGAGGGAUCAAGCGUGCGAUCCUUGACCGUUUGGGGUUUUCGGCGGAAGACCGGCGCCGCAAGUUCCGGGCCGCCAAGCUGGGACCCGCUGAUCGGCCGUUCGUGAUUGCGCAGCAGCUGAAAGACGCGGCGACCAGAUGGCUGCAACCGGGGGACUCUGCAGGAGAGGAGCGGCUGCUGGAAAAGGUCGUCUUAGAGCAGUUCAUGGAGGGGCUCCCAGCUGCCACCUCGGACUGGGUGUGCUGCCACCACCCGGCGGACCUGGCGGCUGCCAUAACCCUGGCGGAGGACCAUCUGGCUGUUCUCUCCUGGGGACGGGCACAUGAGGGUCGGCCAGCCUCUCCAGUCGGUCCCAUUCCGGCGCCCCGCAGGAGACCGGGCCGGGCCCCCAGCCCUCCACACCAGCUAGAUCCUCUCCUCGCCCUCGCACUAAUCCCCCCUCUCUUUUCUGUCCUUCCCAGGCUCCAGCCGCUACGGGCGCUGCUCUCGACCCACAGAGGGUUCCUCAGGCGGCAGGGCAGGAGUGCUGGAGGUGUGGACAACCCGGACACUUCCGUCGAGAGUGUCCACUCAUGGAGGUCGGUCAAGUGGUCAGGGUUGUCGGCCCUCCAGCACCCUCCCCCGGUCCAGGAGGGACGUACAGCGUUCCGACUGAUGCGUCAGGCAGAGGGCUGGGGGCCGUUCUGUCUCAGCAGGUGCAGGGCGUCGACCGCCCGGUGCUCUACAUCAGCCGGAAGCUGUCCGAAAGGGAGGCCAGGUACAGCACGGUGGAGAGGGAGUGCCUGGCCAUCCGGUGGGCGGUCGAUGCUCUGCGGUACUACCUGCUGGGACGCCCAUUCACCCUCUGCUCGGACCAUGCUCCCCUCCAGUGGCUCCACCGCAUGAAGGAUGCCAACGCCCGGAUCACCCAUUGGUAUCUGGCACUACAACCAUUUAACUUCAAGGUGAUCCAUAGGCCAGGGGCGCAGAUGACUGUGGCCGACUUCCUUUCCCGCUCCCGGCUCCCCGGCCUAAGUCGGGCG